AUGGAAGUGGAAGUUCAGGCAAAGGAAAUCUACUGUAACAACAACCUGGGUGACUAUUUCACAGUGUCUAAGGAAGCAGGAAACGGUGGAUCAACACUUCACGUUCUUCAGUGCUUGGAAGAGCUGUAUGGUGACAAGUGGACUUCUUUUCUUGUGCUGCUGAUUCAUUCUGAUGAAUGGAAGAAGAAGGUCAGUGAGUCUUAUGCAAUAAUCAUAGAGCGACUGGAAGAUGACCUGCAAAUCAAAGAAAAGGAGCUGCUGGAACUGAAGCAUGUUUUUAGCUCUGAUGAAGCCUUCUGCAAAGUCAACUUAAAUUACCGCACAGAAAACGGCCUCUCUCUCCUCCAUCUGUGCUGCAUUUGUGGGGGAAACAAAUCCCAUGUCAGAACCCUCAUGCUGAAAGGACUGCGCCCAUCCAGACUAACAAGGAAUGGAUUUACAGCUCUGCACUUGGCAGCUUAUCAGGACAACGCUGAGCUGCUGACCGCGCUGCUGCACGGGGGAGCGGACAUCCAGCAGGUGGGCUACGGAGCCCUCACAGCCCUGCACGUUGCCACCAUGGCUGGGCACCCCCAGGCCGUGGAUGUCCUCCUGCAGCACGGGGCCUACGUGAACGUGCAGGACGCGGUUUUCUUCACCCCGCUGCACGUCGCUGCCUACCAUGGCCACGAGCAGGUGACCCACCUCUUACUGAAGUUUGGAGCUGACGUGAAUGCAAGCGGUGAAGUUGGAGACAGGCCCCUCCAUCUGGCUUCUGCCAAAGGCUUCCUCAACAUUACAAAGCUCUUGGUGGAAGAGGGAAGCAAAGCUGAUGUGAAUGCUCAGGACAACGAAGAUCAUGUUCCCCUGCACUUCUGCUGUCGAUUUGGACACCAUGAAAUUGUCAAGUUCUUACUGCAGAGCAGCUUUGAAGUCCAGCCCCACGUGGUGAACAUCUAUGGAGACACACCUUUGCACCUUGCCUGCUACAACGGCAAGUUGGAAAUUGUCAAGGAAAUCAUUCAGCUCUCAGGAACAGAAAGUCUCACUAAAGAAAAUAUAUUCAGUGAAACAGCUUUCCACAGUGCUUGCACUUAUGGAAAGAACAUAGAACUCGUGAAAUUCCUUCUUGACCAGAAUGUUGUCAGCAUCAACCACCAGGGAAGAGAUGGACACACAGGGUUACACUCUGCUUGCUACCACGGCCAUAUCCGACUGGUGCAGUUUUUACUGGAUAAUGGAGCUGACAUGAACCUGGUGGCUUGUGAUCCCAGCAGGUCCAGUGGAGAAAAGGAUGAGCAGACUUGCUUGAUGUGGGCUUAUGAGAAAGGCCAUGAUGCCAUUGUGACCCUUCUGAAGCAUUACAAAAGACCCCAAGAUGAAUCUCCCUGUAAUGAAUACUCACAACCUGGAGGAGAUGGUUCCUAUGUGUCAGUUCCAUCCCCUCUAGGAAAGAUCAAAAGCAUGACCAAAGAGAAGGCAGAUGUUCUCCUGCUCCGCGCUGGGCUGCCGUCUCAUUUCCACCUGCAGCUCUCUGAAAUCGAGUUCCAUGAGAUUAUUGGCUCAGGAUCUUUUGGGAAGGUGUAUAAGGGACGAUGCAGGAACAAAAUUGUGGCGAUCAAACGCUAUCGAGCCAACACCUACUGCUCCAAAUCCGACGUGGACAUGUUCUGCCGGGAAGUUUCCAUCCUCUGCCGACUGAACCAUCCCUGUGUCAUCCAGUUUGUGGGAGCCUGCCUGGAUGACCCCAGCCAGUUUGCUAUUGUCACGCAGUACAUUUCUGGAGGGUCACUCUUCUCCCUGCUGCACGAGCAGAAGAGAACUCUUGAUCUGCAGUCUAAAUUGAUCAUUGCUGUAGAUGUGGCCAAAGGCAUGGAGUACCUCCACAACCUCACACAGCCCAUCAUCCAUCGGGAUUUGAACAGUCACAAUAUUCUCCUGUAUGAGGAUGGUCAUGCAGUUGUUGCUGAUUUUGGAGAAUCUAGAUUUUUGCAGUCCCUGGAUGAAGACAAUAUGACAAAACAACCUGGGAACCUGCGCUGGAUGGCCCCUGAGGUGUUCACUCAGUGCACAAGGUACACCAUCAAGGCUGAUGUGUUCAGCUAUGCUUUGUGUCUCUGGGAGCUGUUGACAGGUGAAAUUCCAUUUGCUCACCUGAAACCAGGGAUUCCGGGGGACGUGCCCCCUUCUGUUCUUAACACAACUCUGCUUUUCCUGCUGCGUUCCCAGGGCAGACCGGAGUUUUCAGAAGUCGUCACAAAACUAGAGGAGUGUCUGCGGAACAUCGAGACUGUGCUGCUGUGUCACCUGCUGCUGGAGCAGGAGGUGGAGGUGGCACUGAGGGCAGGGAAGGCCGUGGCAGCCGGACAGCUGGUUUCUGGAAAGGACCAGGCUUUGCUGUCGAGUGUAACAUCUUGGCAUGGACUGAGCGAGGUGACGCGGGCCAGCGCAGGCAGCACUGAGCAACACCCUUCUCAGGGUCUGUCUUUGGAGGACAUGAGAAGAAACUUCCAGUACCCACCAAUCGACAAGAACGGGUACGUGGCGGAUCCCAUGAGCACCAUGAGGUUCCACUCCUGCAGCAGCAGCUUUGAAGACAGCAGCUGA